GUUUUGACUCGGCACGACGAAAGCAGAAAUAAAAAAACAGCACUAAACAAUUCAGAAUAUCAGCACCAUGUCGCAGCAACAACCUCCCAAAAAGAAGGCUACGAAAGGUAGUAAACAGAUCGUGGAAGAAAAUGUGGGCACGGUUAAGUUUUACCGCAACAUGUCUCUAAUCGCUAGCGCGGUCCAGUUCCUUGGUUUCGCUGUGUAUGCCGAACUUUCUACGCUUGCGGUGGUCAUGACGGUCCUUUGCUUGGUGGCGCAUGGUGCCAGCUAUUACUUUAUGGCUAUGAUAAGCAAACCUAAACUUACAGAAAAAGGUGAUAUCAUAGAAACGGGUACGGAUCUUAAUAUAGAGGGAGGCAUCACGGAACACGUGAAAGACAUCGUUAUCCUGACCUCGGGCACACAGCUGGUAUCGAUUCUGUCCGAAUUCUUUUGGCUGUUAAUGCUACUGCUUCCAGUGCGGGCGGGUUGGCUGCUAUGGCAAACAGUCGGAAAGCAAUUUUUCCAAGGCGAUCCCGCCGAAGAGGGCCCUGUGAAUGAAAAGAAGCAAAAGAAACUAAUGCGAAAGAUGAACCGGGCACGGCAGUGACACUAAACGUCGAUGGGGGAAAACACGGUAAAUGAGCAGUACGCAGCUCACCGGGAAGCCUCGCCGUUCCUCCGUUGUUCCAGACUUCCCACCAUCCAACGGUUAACUGUAGGUGGGGAAGACUAUGGGCCGAGUGUGAAACAAUACGCGUUUUGUUAAGAGUAAUUCUUGUUUUCGUGUGUUUUGUUUUUAUUAGACUGAAUAUAAAUAAUUUUCGUGCUUUGCUCUAAGCGGUUGCGUAAAAGGUGAAAACCAGGCUAGUGAGAAAUGACCGAAGACUGCCUGAAAGCUUUUCCAACGCGACUUCUUUACCCACCGGGCUUCCUCCUUCUUCAGCUGUUCUAUGCCCUGUUAGGGAGAUGGAAAAAAAGACUAUAAUAGCUAUCCGACUGGAAGAGGAUCAUAGACAAUAUAGUGCCAUACCGUUUCAUCGGUCCA